AAACACACAAUUAUAAUAUUUUUAAGCAUUGUCAUUCUUUGAAUCCACUGGAGAGAAGAAGAAGAGAGUCAAUUUGUGUGUUUCCCAUUUUGAAGAAGAGAGAGAAAGAGGAAGACUUUGACUCGUCUUCUUCUUCCUCUCUUCUCUCUCCCUAUCACUGCAUCUGUUUUUCUCACAACGAAUCUUGAGAUUUGAUUAGAUGGGGAACUGUUGUGGCAAUCCGAGUUCGGCUACGAACGAGAGUAAACAAGGGAAACCCAAGAACAAAAGCAAUCCUUUUUACAGCAAUGAAUACACUGCAGAUAGAUCUGGAGCUGGGUUUAAGCUCUCUGUGCUGAAAAAUCCUACAGGACAUGAUAUAUCUUUGCAGUAUGAUCUUGGACGUGAGGUUGGUCGAGGCGAGUUUGGUAUAACUUACUUGUGUACUGAUAGAGAAACAGGUGAGAAGUAUGCCUGCAAGUCCAUAUCGAAGAAGAAGCUGAGAACAGCAGUUGAUAUAGAGGAUGUUAGGAGGGAAGUUGAGAUUAUGAAGCAUAUGCCUAAACACCCAAAUGUGGUCUCUUUGAAGGAUGCCUUUGAGGAUGAUGAUGAUGUGCAUAUAGUUAUGGAGUUGUGUGAAGGAGGGGAACUCUUUGAUCGGAUUGUUGCAAGAGGUCAUUACACUGAGCGUGCUGCUGCCGCGGUUAUGAAGACUAUUGUUGAAGUUGUUCAGAUAUGCCAUAAGCAGGGGGUGAUGCAUCGGGAUCUUAAACCAGAGAAUUUUCUUUUUGCAAAUAAGAAAGAGACGGCACCUCUCAAGGCCAUUGAUUUUGGAUUAUCUGUAUUCUUCAAACCUGGUGAGCAGUUUAAUGAGAUUGUUGGAAGUCCUUAUUACAUGGCACCCGAGGUGCUGCGAAGAAACUAUGGACCUGAGAUCGAUGUCUGGAGCGCAGGAGUCAUCCUCUAUAUCCUUCUUUGUGGUGUCCCGCCAUUUUGGGCCGAGACUGAACAAGGGGUGGCUCAAGCGAUCAUUAGGUCAGUAAUUGAUUUUAAGAGAGAUCCAUGGCCAAGAGUUUCUGAUAGCGCUAAAGACCUUGUGAGAAAGAUGCUUGAGCCUGAUCCCAGAAAACGGCUUACUGCUGCACAAGUACUUGAACAUUCUUGGAUACUGAAUGCAAAGAAGGCUCCAAAUGUCUCUCUUGGGGAGACUGUGAAAGCAAGGCUCAAGCAGUUUUCUGUUAUGAAUAAGCUCAAGAAACGAGCUCUACGAGUGAUAGCUGAACACUUGUCAGUGGAAGAAGCAGCCGGGAUAAAGGAAGCUUUUGAAAUGAUGGACGUGAACAAGAGAGGCAAGAUAAAUCUUGAGGAGCUUAAAUAUGGACUUCAAAAAGCUGGACAACAGAUUGCUGAUGCCGAUCUUCAGAUUCUUAUGGAAGCUACUGAUGUUGAUGGGGAUGGGACACUGAACUAUGGCGAGUUUGUGGCUGUUUCGGUGCACCUUAAGAAGAUGGCGAAUGAUGAACACUUGCAUAAAGCUUUUAACUUCUUUGAUCAGAACCAGAGUGGUUACAUAGAGAUUGAAGAACUCCGUGAAGCGUUGAAUGAUGAACUGGAUGAUACUAGCAGUCAGGAAGUUAUUGCAGCCAUCAUGCAAGAUGUUGACACCGACAAGGAUGGGCGUAUAAGCUACGAAGAGUUUGUUGCGAUGAUGAAAGCUGGGACAGACUGGAGAAAAGCGUCAAGGCAGUAUUCCCGGGAAAGAUUCAACAGUUUGAGCCUCAAGUUAAUGAGAGAUGGUUCAUUGCAAUUAGAAGGCGAGACCUAAGAAGCAAGACAAAAAGAAGAAAGUAGAAGAAGCAUCAGCAUUGAUGUGAAAAUGUCAAAAAGACAUCAUAUGCUCUUCUAUAAAGCUUUUAACACGGUAAUGAUUGAUAGGGGCUUUAGGUUUUUCAAUUGUUUGAAAAGUUCUUCUUCCUUGGACAGCGAUGGGAUGUGAUGAUUAUGUCAACGAGUUUCUGAGUUACCAAAGAUGAGUUUGUGAUUUUUCUUUCUUUAUAAAAAUAUGCUCGCAAGUUGCAAAAAGAAUGAGCUACCUUUGUAA